UUUCAUUCGUCUUCGAAUUCAUUUCAUGUGUUAAUCGAUAAAGCAGAUCUUUUUAUCCUUUUGGAUACCAAUCCGUUGCUGGUUUUGUUCAUAAUUUCUGCUUUAUCAUGAACUUUUCUGAGCCUCAGUUUUGAGAAAAAUUGUUAGCUUUGAUUUCGAAGAACUGUUAAAUGCCUCAAUUGGAGCAGUUGGGAGCUGUCAAUUUAUGCAAAAAGAAAAAAAAAAGACUUUGUGAAACAUACACAUUCAGUUUAAUAAAAAGAGUGAUGAACUUAGCUUUGUAACCAUGUUCUUUACAGUUUGAAGGUGGAGGCUCGUUUUGGGACUCAUCUAUAAAACAUUAGAGCUUGGGAAAGAAUGCUGAAUGUAAAUUUGUCACCUCUGAGAAUCUUUCAAGGGAUCAUUUUGACGCUUCGAUAUUCGAAACAAUGAAGUCAGGUUUCAUGAUUCAGAUAAUUACGAAAAAAGUGUCACUUAGGCCUCUCUCUUUAGAGUGAUUAUGGAGAAAUUCAUUGCUAUGCAGUCUCUCCUAAUUCCUUAAUAAUGGCUGCAAACUUCUGCUAAGUAAUUGGUGGCCCUAUUCUUAGCUCCUGGAUCUCUUUCCUGUAGAAUGGUAGGAUUCAGGUCCUCUCUGGCAGGAGAAUCACACACACAAACAAGAAAAAGAAAACAGAGGAUUUAUAUGCAAGUUUUGUAGCAUAUGUGGCCCUUUUUGUGCAAUAGAGAUAUGAGUAGCCUGUUUCAUAGUAGACACUGCUUUAAAGUUAGUUUGGCGUUUAAGUAUAUCAUAGGUAUGGAAAGAGAGAACUGAGAGAGGGAAAAAAAUGAUCUAUAGAAGCUCAUGUUUACCUGAACAGAGACAGUUGUACUAUCCUCUCAAGAACAUUGCUUCAGUAAUGAUUCAUAAGGAUUACAAUGUGGUACGACUGUUAUAUCAUUGAGAGUUUCUUGACAUACUUGAAUUUCUCUAGGGAGAAUCUAAAUUCUUCUCUUGGGCUUUCUGUUUUUCGGUUUCAAUAUGAUUCUGUGUUGGAAAGUUUAUUUACUUUUGUUUCUCUUUGCACCAAAAAGUUCAUUACCUAUCUAUAUUGUUUGAAUCUAUGAUAUAAUAUUUUCGAUUUGAGUGGCAGGAGCUUUUGGUUAAUUGAACUUAGUAGCUGAAAUGUUGACAAUUUCCUUUGUUUUGAGGGUAGGAAUACAAUAUUGCUGGCGUAAUUGACUGUUCAGAUGUUAGUACCUUCAAGUUUUCUAAUUUCUGCAGCAUGGAGUUUUUUUUGCUUGUAGUCCUGAUGCAUUUUCACAUGUUCCUUGUUCCAUAGUCUCUUCUACCGCAAGAACGGGAAAAACCUUAUGUUCAUGUCUUCAUGAAAGGAUUUGAUAGGAGAUGCUUUAACUAUUGGCUAUCGGUCAUUAAUUAAUAUAUAUCAUCUCCGUAUCUCUUUCCCAGUCAUGUUUGGCGCAGUCCUGUAGUGGAAAGUGAAGAGUGCUGUGAUCAUGGAACAGUCAACACAACCAUCUCGCCCUGUAAUUGGAGUUGUUUCUGGUGCUGCCCAAACAGCAUAUGCUGCACCAACGUAUCAACGGGCUGCGGUGGUUACUGGAGAUCCAGCAGUGACAGGUGCUGUACCUCCCCCAACACAAAUGACCUCAGCAUAUCCUACUAACCCAGCCAAUCUUGCAAGCCAGCAUCAGCUUGCCUAUCAGCAGGUCCAACAGCUCCACCACCAGCAGCACCAACAGCUCCAAGCCUUCUGGGCCAACCAGACGUUGGAGAUAGAACAAACUACGGAUUUCAAGAACCACAGCCUACCCCUUGCCCGGAUAAAAAAGAUCAUGAAGGCUGAUGGGGAUGUUCGUAUGAUCUCAGCUGAGGUCCCUGUGGUCUUUGCCAAGGCAUGUGAAAUAUUUAUACUGGAACUGACGCUCAGGUCAUGGAUCCAUACUGAAGAAAAUAAGAGGAGAACACUACAGAAGAAUGACAUUGCUUCUGCUGUUACCAGAACUGACAUAUUCGACUUCUUGGUCGAUAUAGUUCCCAGGGAUGAGUUGAAGGACGACGGUAUCGGGAUUGCAACAGCUGCGUUUCCUGCUGUAGGCGCUCCUGCUGAUUCAAUUCCUUAUUACUAUGUGCCAGCACCGUCGCAGGUGCCGGGCCCUGCGAUGAUGAUGGGAAAGCCUGUAGAUCAAGUGGCUGCUGCGACUAUGUAUCCUUUUCAGCAGCCUCUUUCCGUGGCUUACAUGUGGCAGCAGCCUCCAGUGCAGCAGCAAUCGGCACAACAGCAACAGCAGGUACCAGAUGGUGAGUAAGCUAACAUAUGUUUUGUCAUCGGUUUGGAUGUUAAGAGGAAUGUCCAGUCGAGUGGCAUGUACUCUUUCUAAUGCGUCAAUUGUCCAAGUGGUUGCUAAGAUCGUUGUUAGUAGACCUCAGUGGAAGUUUGCUCAGCAGCAAUAAACUGUGUUCUGUGCCAAGAUGAAAAUGAAAAGCUCCUCUUGUGUCUUCA